CCCCACUUACGCAUCAACUGUUCCUAAGGAAAAAUGUUACCUAUAAGACGCACAAAACUUUCUCCUUGAUAGUCCCUCCACAGGCUUUGUAUGCACUUCUCUUCUUUCUCCAAAUACCAAAAUUACUCCAAGCUUCAAAACUCAAUACCCCUACUCUCUCUCUCUCUCUCUCUCUCUCUCUCUCUCUCUCUCUCUCUCUCACAUCAGAUGCAGAUUUUCUGAACUACUGUUUGGGCUAGCUCUUGGUUGUUUUUGUCCUAAUUAAGCAUUCAACAAUGAAAGGAAUUGACAUCUUCUGCGCAUCCCAAGCCUCAACAGCCAUAUAUGUGAGCACGGAACAGGGCUCCUCUUCCUCCGCCGCUUCGCGCUUCGGCGGCCCAGCAAUCGAUCGCUACAAUCCCAUCAUCAGAGACGAAAGAAGAAGUGGCGGCAGAGCCCUCGCCGCUCCCUGCUCUUCUUCUCAGUCGCCCAUCAAUCCUAAACCUCUCCAUCACCGCCACCAGCAGCACCACCACCACCAAAAGAAGACCAGAAAAUGCUCUGCCGCCAAAAAGAACUAUGCAAAACAGAGCGAUCGGCCGAAUAGUAGGAGUAAGAGUUGUUCUAAGCUGCCAAGUGAUUUGAUUAGGAAGAGAUUCGGUGCGUCUGCUCAUCUGUCAAGCCCUCUUGGCUCGUCUAGGAACCUGUUGAGCGAUGAACCUUUCUGCAAUGUGCUCUCAGAUUUUGACCAGGUUUUAACAUUGGUUCCUGUUGAACCCAAGAAGUCUCAGCCCAUUCUAAAGCAAGACGAAGCUCCUGCCUCUGCUUCUGCUUCUGCUUCUGAACCCUCUUCCUCUUCUUCAUCUCGUCCCUCAGACCAGCAGGUGGUGGUUCUGAGGGUGUCGCUGCACUGCAAAGGCUGCGAAGGAAAAGUGAGGAAACACAUAUCUAGGAUGGAAGGGGUGACAUCCUUCAAUAUAGACUUUGCAGCGAAGAAGGUGACAGUAAUUGGAGACGUGACGCCAAUGAGCGUCCUUGCCAGCAUCUCUAAGGUGAAGAAUGCACGGCUUUUGACCUCUGCAGUGCCAUCCACAUCGCCCUCUUCCAGCUUUGAAACUUAGAAGCAAGUUCACUGAUGAUCUGAAUCAAAUGCCCGAUCUAAUGUAAAUGCACUCCUACUUCACUGCCUCUUGUGUUGCCUUCUGGGAGUUCUUGAUUAUUGCAUUGCACCUAGCACUAGAGUCAAGCCCUUUGUACUUAUUAAAGUACUUUUUAUUUGUAUUUAUUAUGGUCAUUUAGUCUCGUUGGAGAAUGAUUAGACUGUUAAGCUAUGUUUGAGAUGAUAGAUUUCAUAUUUUGAAUUCGAAUUUGUGUGAAUUUAAAUAAGAUUCAAUAUAAUUUUGUAUUGUAUUCGGUUCAAA